UAGCAAACAUCAUCAUCAUCGUGCGAGUGCGUGUGCGUGCUCCCUCCUUCUCUUUCUCUCCUACAAAGAACUGGAGUAGCAGAACCUAGAAGCAGGAAAAGAGGGUGACCCACCCGUUUCAUUAUUUGCAUCUUUCUUUACCAAAUAUUUAAAGGAAAAGUUGCAGAAGAUGUCAUCGGGUGUUGUAACCCCACCAUUUUCCACAGCCAUCCCACAUGGGGAAAACUCCCUCAAAAUCCCCACCGCCCUUUCUCCUCCUCUCUCUCUUCCUCUGUGUUUCCUCUUUUCAUUUUAACUCCCGGUCGCGCCUGCUGCCUUCCUCUGCCUGUCCCCUCUUGGCCUCACUCCACUUCUCUCCCUUUUCCCUCACCCUCUCCUCUUUCCUUUAUUUUAUGCCCUUGGUUAUGGUGAGAAAAGAAUGAGUUGGGGAUCACAUCAGAGUGGCUCUUCCCCCACCUUGGAUGGACCUUCUUGGCCUUCUUAAUAAUUAUGCAUGAGGACAACAGAAAUGGUUGAAACUAGCCUUCACAGACUCUCAAAAUUCUUCCAAAAUGGAUUCUAGCAGCCUCAGAAUCUCACCAACAUCUUUCACUGUCUCCCUCAUUUAUCUGCUUCUCCUUGUCUGCACCUUCCCUGCUUCGUCGUCGUCUUCGUCGCUCUCGCCUGACUCCGGCGCUCGCAACCGGACGCUCGACGCGGGCAGUGAGUUGAGGAAGAUAAGAAGGAUCAGAGCCCACCUCAGGAGGAUCAAUAAGCCCGCAGUGAAGACAAUUCAGAGUCCAGAUGGUGAUCUGAUCGACUGCGUCAUCUCUCAUCUUCAACCUGCAUUUGAUCAUCCAAAGUUGAGGGGCGGAAGACCAUUGGACCCUCCAGAGCGGCCCAAGGGCCACAGUACUUCGCCGGCCAACCAAACAGAGAGCUUUCAAUCAUGGAGCAUGAAUGGGGAGUUCUGUCCGGAGGGCACGGUGCCCAUCAGGAGGGUCAGCGAGGCCGACGUGCUGAGGGCGAGUUCUGCGGCGAGGUUUGGGAUGAAGGCCAGGUCGCCGGCGCUGAGGGUCGUCCGGCGGGACACAACCAGCAGCAACCAUGAGCAUGCAGUUGGCUAUGUUUCUGGGCAGCAAUUUUUUGGAGCCAAGGCUGGGUUAAACGUUUGGUCACCUGAGGUGAAUAACCCCAAUGAGUUCAGCUUAUCUCAGAUGUGGGUUAUCUCUGGUGCAUUUGGGGAAGAUCUCAACACCAUUGAAGCUGGCUGGCAAGUUAGUCCCGAGUUAUACGGAGACAGUCAUCCUCGUUUUUUCACCUAUUGGACGACUGAUGCUUACCAAACGACUGGAUGUUACAACCUGCUGUGCUCCGGCUUCAUUCAGACCAACAACAGGAUCGCCAUUGGUGCAGCCAUCUCUCCCCUCUCCAUUUAUGCUGGCAGACAGUUUGAUAUUAGCCUCACCGUUUGGAAGGACCCAAAACAUGGAAGUUGGUGGUUGGAAUUUGGUUCAGGAUUGUUGGUUGGAUACUGGCCUUCAGUGUUGUUCAGCCACCUGAGAGAUCAUGCAAACAUGGUGCAAUUUGGGGGGGAAAUUGUUAACACUAGACCUUAUGGAAUUCACACAAACACUCAGAUGGGAAGCGGCCGUUUUCCGCGGGAAGGGUUCGGAAAAUCCAGUUAUUUCCGGAAUUUGCAGGUGGUGGAUUGGGAUAACAGUCUGAUUCCACCAAACAACAUAAGAAUGGUAGCUGAUCAUCCCAACUGCUAUGAUAUCCAAGGAGGGAGCAAUAGGGUUUGGGGAAGUUAUUUCUACUAUGGGGGCCCAGGGAGAAAUGUGAGAUGCCCAUGAAAUGAAUUUUUACCAUAUAUGAUUUCUUCUUCACAAAGGGCUCUUGGGUGGGUAUCUUUGAUCUGAUGAUUUUUUUUUUUUUUUUUUUGUACUUCUUGAUUUUUUUUCCUAACGGGUGAUUGAUUAAUUUUGUACCACUUAUGUAAAGUUGAAGAAAGAAAUUUAGUGAAUAUAAAAUAGCUUGAGUCGUGCUUUCUAUUUA